GCGCGGCUGAUUGGGGAGCAGUAUCGACAGCACAACGAGAUAUAAUAACAUCAGAACUAAGUAAACAAUGGCCUCAACCGUGUCGACAUCAACAACACAAUUGGCGAUUGAGGCGGCGUCCAUGCAGGAUGCUGCUGCAGCUGCCAUGUUCGAAGAGGAGGGGUCCGUGCUGGAAUGGGUGCAGAUGCAUAGGCAGCAGAUGGAUGGGAUUUAUGCGCUGCUUAUUCAGCAUCAACACAAUAUUCCAGCGGAUCUUCUGGCGGAGGUUGAGGAGCUGUCCAGUGGUUGGGAGGAGGAGCUCCGUGAAAACCUUCCUUGGCAAUGGUUGGGUGCCAUCGAAAAUGCACGGGUGAUGGUGGAGUUGGGGGGUUGUACUCAAGUACUGGGGGAAGUGAAGGGAUUCCUUGUAGAGCUAUGGGAACGGCUGUGGAACGCGGGGCCUGAGGAGGGGCAGGUGCUGCGUUCGUCGCCGGGUUCUUGGAGGGAAGCGGACACUUCUAUUUCAGCUGCUUUCCUUGUCGAGGAGGUGGUGAUCUGCCGCGAGAAGCCUGAGGAGGGGCAGGGAACUCACGGCGAAUUGGACCAGUGUUCGUUUGCUGGUGACGAGGAGUGCAUUCAACUGGAGAAGGGGGCUAUUACCAUGCGCGAGAACUGCAACAACAACAACAACAACAACAACAACAACAACAACAACAACCAAAAUAACAACGGCAGUGUUUUCUUCACGUGCGGCGUCGACAAUAACAACAGCACAAACGAAAGCUGUGACGUCAACGAUGAUAUUGGCGGAUCGACUUUCAAUGGGUGCGAAUUGGAAAAUGACGAUGACAAUAACGAUUUGGCUGGCGGCAAUAUGGCCAGGGACCGCAGCGAUUGCGACAACGGUUUCAAUAUCAUUGAUGCAGCCGGCGAUGACACAAUCAACAAGAAUAUUUACGGUGAUAUUCAUGACGAUCUUAACAAUGAUGACGAUAACAAUGGUUUGGCGGGUGACAUCGUGACCGGCGGGCAGUGUGAUUGUGACAACAGUUUUGUUAAGACAGCCGGUAAUAACCAAAAUGAUAAAGCGGUUUAUAGCGAUACUUGUGGAUGGGCAUCGGUGAAUGAUUUGCCAUUGGAGGGCUCUGGGUUCGCACAAUCUGAGCAAAAGAAGGGUGACAAAGGGGUGGAUAGCACAAUGGACAAUCAGCCCAAAUCAAUGGACUUGUCUCUAAUUGAUCAAAAGGCUUCGGAUCCCUCUUAUUCUGAUACCGGGUUCUUAAUCCAGAAGGAAGUUUCACAAGACCAUUUGCAGGGAAAGAAGGAUGAUGUGGUAAUGGAAGGAAGGCAACUGGUAAUUAUGGAAGAGCAACGAAAUGGGAGUGAGGAACAUGGGAUGGAGAAGGGGGAGAGAAGGAAUGUAGGUUUAAUUGGAGGAAGAGGGGGCAAUGGGGGUGGAAGAGAGAAUAGGAGGGGAGGUGAUGGGGGAGGAGAAGGCAAAGGAGGAAGAAUGGGGGAAAAUAGUAAAACACAGGAGGGGGGCGGGCAAUGGGGGCAGGGACGCUUGAUAGGGGCUCUGGCAAAGGGAGCAUGAUAAGUAAUACAGUCCCUUCUUCGUCACAGCAGGCUCUCCCACCGAAUCCUGCUACUACUCUAACAUGGGCACAAAGAGCUA